AUGCAAUUGGAUGGUCUUAAAACAUGUUUCAUUGAGGGCAUUCCAGUGUUACCGAGAGAGGAUAUCAACAAGGCACUUUCGAGUAUUGGGCCACAAACCAUAUUUACCGUUAAAGAUGACAGGAAUCCCGAGAAGCACUCGUUAUUUUGCCAGUUUCGCAGCGCUGCUCAAAUAAAGGUCGCUUUGGAGAUUCUACCCCAGAUUCAAACCAGCAACUCAAAUGACCGAGUCUCCGUAACUGUUUCACAAGAAACCCAGGAUUGGAUUGAAGGAUCAGCGAGGACGGCCUCGGUUGUUUCAGUUACGAGGAUGCAAGCGCCAGCCUUGAUAGCAAAGAUCCAGUCGCAGCUCGACGCGGCCACAAGGCCAAGGACCCAAAACAUAGAGAAGAAGACGGACCUGCUAGAGCCGGAUGGGACGCUGACCUCCGGAUUCACGCCUGAUGAACUUGAAACGCUUCGUAAGGAAGUUAUGGAGUUUCGUGAAGAGACUGUUCGACUGCAAAAAGAACAAGAAUCGCGGAGAACAGAGCUCAUAAAUCAGUUCAGGAACAAAAUCAAAAAUGAAGACAAGGUUAGUGUUCCUCCAGAGGACAAGGAGUUCGCUGAGUUCGAUGAAAGGCAGGUGCUGUCGCUAUCAUCAUCCGUGCCGGAGCUGUCAUGGGAGCAAUUUGUUGCCAACGUGAAGCAGAAAAUUGAUAUCAUUGCACAAAAACAGCAAGCAUUCAAGGAACAAGAGAGUAGACGCAUUGAGUAUGCCGAACAAGAGCUGGCAAGACUCAAGUCUUGUAAAGAAGUCUCAUUUCCCGGCGACAUUCGAAGUCUCCAGAUCAAAUGCGCAAAAGAACGAGAACUGGAUGAACAAGAUGCACAAAGGGAAGCCCAAGAGGGCCCAUAUGAGGAAGUUGAACUGGUGGACGAGUCUGAGCCCACAGAUAUUGACUGGGCCAAAGUGACUGAUGAAUGGAUCGAAAGCACCCUCAAGCCAGAGAUCAGUAAACAGGUCGCUGAAAUAUUCGGAGAGGUUGAUGAAAGCCUAGUGGACUUUGUGGUCGAUUUGGUUAAAGCCAAAACUCCCGCCGCGGAUUUACCAGCAGAACUCGAAGCUCCCUUGGACGAAGAUGCGGCACAAUUCUCGCAAAUGUUAAUUAAGUUAUUAAAAAGUGCAUAA